AUGACACGGAGUGCUGUUGUUGAUAUCCCACUGUCAUCGGAUUUGAAAAAGUUGUUCGAUGUUCCGAUUAAAGUUAAAGGCUUGUCUGACGAUUUUCAUAGUACGAAAGUUGCCAAGAAGCUUUAUACUAGAUCUUGUGAGGAGCUGACAGAGAAGCUGACAGAGAAGCUGUCUUGGGAGCCCAAACAAAGGGACUCUUCGAUCUUGGGUAGUGAUGCAUACUAUUCUGAUUUACGUAAUGUUCCAUACGAUAUGAAUGUUGACAAAUUGAAACAGUUUAAUGCAUAUAUUUCACAACUGGAAUCGCAAUGGUCUCAGAGAGCUGAGUUGAGUAAGAGGGAAUUGAAAAACACCGUGGGGAUCAGGAUUAAAGAAUGGGUGGAAGAAUCAAACGACUCUCUUUCAGAUGACUGCAUAGAUAUUAUCUGUAACGAUAAAAAGAGAAAUGUGGAUUCUAAAUUGACUAAAUUGAAAAUAAGCAUCGAGGCAGAAAAGACAAAUUUUAAAAUAGAAUUGAAUAACUUGAAGAAAACUCUGGAAAAGAAACUGAAAAUAGAUGACUACAGUGAUGCCUUGCUACUAGAACAAAAAUUGCAAACUAUUAAUACAAAAUAUGAAACUAAUAUCAAGGGUUUACAGUCGAAUUAUAAGCAGCUAGAUAGGUACAAUAAACUUAUUAAAAGCAUUGAGAACAGUUAUUAUCCAAAAGUGUUUUCACCACCUAUGUCAUCAAAUUUUGAAUAUUUGAAAAAUGCCUUCAGAAUAAUAUCAAUGAAGGAAGCAAUAUUAUUUUCCAUUGAUAUUGAGGCCUUCGAGAUGCAAAACGACAUUAUUACGGAGAUUGGCAUUUCGAUCUAUGAUCCAAGGGAGAAUCUUGAUUCAGUCAUGCCAAUUUUCAAAAAUUAUCACAUUGUUAUUAAAGAAUCGCUUCAUAUCAGAAAUAGUAAAUAUAUCUGUGAUUAUAAGGAUUGUUAUCUACUCAAUGAAUCUAUUGUAUUAACUUUGAAAGAAUCAAUCAAUUUCAUCCAAAAUUUAAUUGAUUUCUACAUGAUCCCCCAAACUCAAGAAGAUCUUACAUGGAAGAGAUCUAUCGUAGGACAUAACGUUAAGCAAGAUAUAAACUGGUUGCUUGACUUAGGUGUAAAGUUCCCAACUGAAAAAAUCAAUUUUGAUUUAACUGGGAACCUUAUGAAAAAUAUCACUGUUAUAGACACAGAAAAGAUUCAUAAAUUGUUAUACGGUGAAAUAUAUUCAAAUUUGGGUAAAAUAUUGAAAUUAUAUGAAAUACCCCAUUCCUUUUUGCAUAAUGCAGGUAACGAUGCCUUCUUUACCUUAGAAUUGUUGAUGGUAAUUUGUGACUUUAAACAGAGGAAAAUAAAGAGAUUAGAUGAUCUGAAGUAUACAGGUGAUAAGAUAAGGAUAUUAAUUGAAAGAGAUGACGAACCGCAAAUAUUACCGAUGUCAUAUAUUCUAGCGGUUGCAACUGCUCCAAAUAAUGAUAAAGCAUCAAAAAAGUUGAUUCCACAGACACAAUUCCAUGGAUUACAAUACUAUUCAACGGCUCAAAAUGCAUUUAAUUCAUACUUAUAG